ACCUCAAAACAACGGGUGGCUGGCCACAUUGAGCGAUGUUGUGGUGCGUACACAACGAACCAGAAAUGAACCAUCGCGUAUAAACGCCGACCGGUCGCAAUGUAACGACCAUAAUACUGCGUCGUAAAUGUAAUUCGCUUCUCGGACGGGAACCUCUCGCUCACCACAAAACAGCAUGCGACAUCGAAUUUCAUAAUAUUCGUAAGCAUCGUCGCGGGUGGUUGUAAUUUACGGGCAGGCAGCCAGGCAGGCAAGUGAACGGCAAUGGCAGCGGAAGCAACAACAGCACCGACGACAACAUUCGACAAGGCACCAGGCAGCAGUGAAUCGUCGCUGUGUUCCAAGGAUAAAAGUUGGUCCAACUGGUGGACGGGCACAUCCUUCGACAUGUUACGCACAUUGGAAAAGCGGAUUCUUUCCUAUCUCAAGACGCCGUACCGUGGCAGCUUCGUUGACGUUGGUCACUGUGUCGGUGAGGCGGAUAAGGUAUGGACGCUGUCGCUCAACACGGAAUCGCCGAACGUGCCACUGGUACUGGUGCACGGGCUCGGUGCCGGUGUAGCACUGUGGGUCCUGAAUCUGGACGCACUCGCCAAAGAUCGGCCAGUCUACGCGAUCGACGUGCUAGGGUUCGGCCGCAGCUCCCGGCCACGCUUCUCGUCCGAUCCGAUGGUGGUAGAAAAGCAGCUGGUUAAAUCGAUCGAGGAAUGGCGGCGCGAGAUGAACCUGAAGGAGAUGAUACUGCUCGGCCACUCGAUGGGUGGCUUCAUUGCGGCCAGCUACGCGCUCUCCUAUCCGGACCGGUUGCGCCAUCUCAUACUAGCCGAUCCGUGGGGUAUGCCGGAGAAGCCGAAAGACUUCGAGAGCAACGUGCGCAUCCGGUUCUGGUUGAAGCCGAUCUUUGCCAUUUCGAAGAUGCUGAAUCCGCUGUGGCCGAUACGGUUCGCUGGCCCGUACGGACCGUCACUGGUGAACCGGUUCCGGCAGGAUAUAGUGAUGAAGUUUUCGUCCGUCAUUACGGAAGGCAUGGACAUAUCGAAUUACAUCCAUCAAUGUAACUCGCAGAACCCGACCGGUGAAGGUGCGUUCCACUCAAUGAUGCAAGAUUUUGCUUGGGCCAAAAACCCGAUGAUGCAUCGUAUCGGGGACAUGAAAAGCACCGUCCCGGUUACGGUACUGUACGGUUCCAAGUCCUGGCUGCUGCAUACCAGCCCACCGGAAACGGUCAAACAGCUCAGUGACAAUAGCUUUGUGAAGGUAAAAAUUAUUGAAGGAUCGGGCCAUCACAUCUACGCCGACGAUGCGGACGCGUUCAACGAAAUGGUCAAUGAGGCUUGCCGUGCGGCCGACAGUGUGCAGAAGGUAGAAGAACCAGCGAAAUAGUAGAAGCUAUACGGUGGUUCUCGCUACUGCUCCACUACUGUCAUCUGCUCAAAUCUACCUGCCGAACCAUAGCAAAGCUCCAAGUUAUCGGUUAUGUUACGGGACAAUCCGACUGCCGGAUGGUUCGUCGCGUGCGUGACGCGAGUGACGGUGCGAAAAAUGCGGAGUCGGUACGAUAUGAAAAGUGAUUUGUCAUCCGCUGAUGACAUCAUACGGAGUAAUUGCCGUAUCGCGUUGCUUCCCCCACCGCACUCAAGGCUUAGGCGCGAGAAAUACGGCCGCGUCAUGAUGUUGUGUUCAAUGGUGUGAGGGAAGAAGGGAGCGGAAUGGAGCGGCAAGGAGGUAACGAGCUGUAGUUAGCUUACGCGCUCUAAGCGGCGAUGGAAUAAAAAUGUAGUUGCGACAGUUUCAGAAACUGGACCAUGCCGAGUGGAAGUUUCAAAACCUCAGGAAAGCUAGAGUAUUUUAAUUAAUCUUUUUAUAUAACUAGCAAACACUAAACAGUUAGUAGAGACGUUAGGCUGUAAGUUUCCGUUAAAUAUGUGUGUAAUAUAUUGUAAAUUGUGAA